AUGAGCGAGCUGCAGCGACGGUGGGCCAAGGCCAAGAUGGAUGCGCUCGCGGCCGGGCGUUUUGACGAGAGGGACGAGGACGAGGCGGCGGACGAGGACGGGCGGACGGCCCAGCUCCAACCACAGACAUCGCCGGCAUCGUCGACAUUGGCGUCCACGAUGGCUAGUAAUAGCAGCAGCACCAGCAGCAACAGCGGUGGAGGCACCGGCAUGUACGGGUCGGACCCGGUGGACGACGAUGCGGCGUCGCUGUCGUCGGCGUCAUCGUCGGCGUCGUCAACAGGCACGGUCGUUCCAUCGGCCAGCCACAACCUCUUUGCUCGGCCACACGGUCUUCCCCGCGGACGCACGCUGGACCCGAUCCCAUGGACGACCUUUUUCGAGCGCGAGCUCUUUCUGGCGGCUGACGACGGCAGCGACAUCGUCUACCAUGCGUACCUGACCUCGCCAGUCGACAAGGGCCCGCUCUUUGUGAUGCACCACGGUGCCGGCUCAUCCGGGCUGUCGUUUGCGGUUGUGGGUGCCGAGAUCCGCAAGCGGUUGCCAUCAGCCGGCAUCCUGUCGGUGGACGCGCGCGACCACGGGCUGACACGGAUGCGACGGGAGGCCGAUGAAGACGGCGGCCCGCAGCCGGACCUGGACCUCCGGCUCUGCACGCUCAGCGCCGACCUGCUGGCCGUCAUCCGGUUGGCCCAGGCCCAGAUGCGCUGGCCGGCCUUGCCGCCAAUCGUGCUCGUGGGCCAUUCGCUGGGCGGCGCCGUGGUGACCGAUCUCGCCCAUGCCGGCACCCUCGGCGCCCCCCUCCUCGGUUUUGCCGUGCUCGACGUCGUCGAGGGCUCGGCCAUGGACGCGCUGCAGAGCAUGCGCACGUAUCUGGCGUCGCGGCCGGCCGGUUUCCCGACGCUGCAGUCCGGCAUCGAGUGGCACAUUCGCUCACGCACUAUCCGCAAUGCCACGUCCGCCCGCACCAGCGUGCCCGCACUGCUCGUGCACGACCAGGAGCCGGCCGGGGGCGAGACACCACAGACACCGCAGACGAUGUCACAGCCGCCGCCGAAACUGCCUCUCUCACCCGAAGCCAAGCGGCGGCCGUGGCACUGGCGCACCGACUUGGCCGCCACACAGCCUUUUUGGGAAGACUGGUUCACCGGACUCAGCAAGAAGUUCCUUGGGUCCCGCGGCGGAAAACUCCUGCUGCUGGCCGGGACUGAUCGCUUGGACACGGAGCUGACCAUUGGGCAGAUGCAGGGAAAAUAUGCCCUCCAAGUCUUCCCAGAAGCCGGUCAUUUCAUCCACGAGGACCUGCCGGAAAAGACAGCCAUGACGCUGGUCGAUUUUUACCGCCGAAACGACAGGACGGCUCUGGUGCUGCCGCCAAAAGUGUCCGAGAUGCUGGCACAGGGCAGGAAGGUAUGA